CACGCUGAAGUUUGAACAUUCUCACGCGCCGUAAAACAACCCGGAAGUAAACGCUCGAAUGCAACACUUUCACGCUCACCGUCCCAAGACCGGGUUUUUAAUUUAUCCUGCUGAUCUUAUCUAGCUUACUAAAAAGCGAGGAGAAGCAAGCGUGCGCCAUGUUCCUCACUCUGGCUUUGCUGCGUAAGGGCAUCCCAGGCAAGCAGUGGAUCGGCAAAUACCGGCGCCCACGGCUCGUCACGUGGCAGAUGAAGCGCAACAUGCUGAAGCACCUGGAGCGCGAGGCCGAAAACGAGUACUGGCUCAGUCGAGCCUACAUGACGGCGGAGCAGGAGUUUGGACACUCCGCAGAGCGACGGGCUCUUAAGUGGCAGAAUAUCAAGGAGACCCGCUUCAAUAAUUUCCCCAAGCACAAGACCGUCACCGAUCACCUCGCUCACCUCGACAUUUCCAGGAACUGGGUAUCUUAAUGCUUCAGAUACCGAGAGACUUUUCAACACGUCGUCAUUAUGGUGGAGCCUUUUAAACACACAGCAAGGCAUAGAAGUAGCUCAAUAUUUCGAACUUUGUUCGAGAAGUGUAUGUACGCCACACAUGUAUUAUUUGUCAUUUAUAUAUAAAACUCAUUUGAAAUAC